UAUUUUAAUUGUUUCCUUUGGUCUAGCCUCAACCACCCGCUGAAGGCGAUCAAAAUUAUGGACAGUUUACGUCAGACUCUGCCUAAUCUCAAUGCAACUGUGCAUAAUAUCUUUUCGGAUAUUCGGAUAAUUAGUGGUAAUACAGAAGGACGCUACGGAUGGGUUGCGGCCAACUACCUGGAUAAAAAGCUAGGCGAUCCUUCAGGCUCGCCACCGGAGAGCGAAGACGAAAUGAUGGGGAUGCUUGAUCUUGGCGGUGCCAGCACACAGAUUGCAUUCGUUCCGGCGAACGGACAGCCGGCGCCGCACACCUUGUCCCUCAACUUGUUUGGUGCUACCUACGACGUUUACAGUUACAGUUUUCUGUGUUUUGGGAAAGAAGCUUUCAUCGCACGCUACUUAGCGAUGCGGAUCGCGCAGACGGCCAAUAUUACAGAGGGCAAAAUAUACAGCCCCUGCCAUCUUGCGGGUUACCAGGAGAAGAUUGACACGGGUGAAAUAUUCGCACCACCCUGUGUCACAACAGAGGUUGCGGAGGAAUUAACUGGACUUGAAAUCGUCCCUCCAGAGGCUUUCUCGGGCUUUGCUUACGCAAUCGAAUUUUUCGAAUUUCCAACGGGUGGUUCAAAUUUGACUAGAACGCAAGUUAAACAGGCCGUGGAUUUGUUCUGCCAAAGAAAAUGGAGUGAGGUAUGUGAUUCUGUUAUGCCUUCAGUAUAUAUCGACCUGAAUUACGCAGAUGAUUCGGCUGAUGAAAGCAUCCGUUUCCUAAGGGACACGUGCAUUGGGAAUCAAGUAGAAAACGAGCACCCCUCAAAUGAACUUAAAUAUGUUGCCGGAUAUUGUUUUGCUGGAAUAUAUAUUGACAGCUUACUGAACGGAUAUGGAUUUUCCGAAGAUCUCAGCUGGAAGAAUAUUAACUUUGUGAAGGAGAUUGCCGAUACAUCCGCAAGCUGGGCUCUGGGAUACAUGGUAGAUGCCACUGGACACAUUGAAAGCCUUCCAAGCGAAAAUGACCUUUAUGAGCUCCUGCUCGUCGUCAGCAUGAUCGUGUUGUGUCUGGCUUGGUUCCUUACGUUGAUUAGCUUACUAUUCACAUCAUGA